AUGCUUCAAAACGGGAACGGCCCGACGUCGGCGUCCAGAACGCUUGGAAUCGUUGCGAUCGUCGGUCACGAGCUGGCUCACAUGUGGUUUGGGAACCUGGUCACGACGAAGUGGUGGGACAACAUCUGGCUGAACGAGGGGUUUGCCUCCUACGUCGAAUAUUUGGGGAGCGCGGCCGUGGAACCGAAUUGGGGAUGGGAAAAUCUCUACGUCGAUCUGGAUAUGACCGGGGUCCUCUUCCUGGAUGCUCUCGAGUCGACGCGAUCCAUCGUGAUCACGGUGGAAGAUCCGCAAGCCAUUCGGACUUCAUUCGGCAGGAUCACGUAUUCGAAGGGGGACUGUGUGGUGCGGAUGUUGGAGCAUUUCCUCGGCUCGAGCACGUUCCACGAUGGGAUUACGGCUUAUCUGAACGCGCCUCAAUACGGGAACGCAGUGCAAGACGAUCUCUUCGCGAGGCUGAACGCAGCGGCAGUGGAGGAUGGCGUGGACCUGGGCGGGGCGUCCUUCGACCAAGUCCUGAACGCGUGGACGCUCGAGGCGGGAUAUCCGGUCGUGGAGGUCUCCCGCGAGGGGACGACAGUCACCGUCAGCUAG